UUUUUUUUCUUGUUCGAGUGGAAGUGGAGGAUGCACGCGCUGGUGGACUGAUCUUAGAAUCACCACCGAUUGGUUUUUUUGUUUGUGUAUCUGUGGGGAAUGCUUGGACUUCGGCCGCGAGCCUAGUUGCAGUGGUCUAGGAUGAGGUAACUGAUUUAUCGUUGCGUAGCCUUGGCAUCGGGUUGAGAGCAGGAGGCAUAGGCUCUGCGUCUUUAUUUCUGAGUGAGGUUCUUCCUGUUUUCUCUUCGUUUUUUUGCCGAUUUCAACCCCCGAUUUGUCAUUUUGCCAUUUUAUCUCGCAUUUGAUGUUCCUCUUCGCUGAUUAAUAGGUGUGUACGGCUUCUGGGGCUGGUUGCCCUGUGCCCACGGGAGGCGUCGGCAUUACUCGCACCGGUCCAUGUGUUAUUUGACGAAACUUUGCCACCCAAACUUCACGCGCAAACACUUCCUGCCUGUACGCCAUAACCACAUUUUCUAUCGUCCAUGUUCCUGUGUUUUCUCUCCCAUGUACUAUAUAGUGUGCGCGUCGCCUUACUACAUCAGGAGACAUUCGCUUGCUGUCUUUGCUCGAACACAGGCCAACAUGCUCGGCGGCGAGUCCUCCAAGAAGACAGCAGUGGGCCCCGGCGAGAAGACUGCCCGCGGGGUCGCUGCGAACGUCAUGAGUGUUUACGCCUAUGGGUUCGUCGGCCCCGCCAGGAUGCAAUUUUCCGGCGGGGGGCCCGCCAACGCUCCUCUGACAAACCCUUUCCUCGCGUUGGGUUUACGCGUGGCCGGGAGCGAGUGCGGCCGCCGACGGAUGAUGGGCGGCUCCGUGCGGACGAGGCUCCGUGGCCAGGGCCACCGGUGAAAUCGCGGCGAGCAAAAUCGGACCGGCGGACACCUCCUCCGCCCUGUAGCAGCACGGCCGAACCCUGUUAUGCUGUGCAAGUUGUCAACGGGACUGUCACUUUCCACCCACAGCAGCGAGCACCAUUUAUCGCGUGUCACAGAAUGUGGCGUCUUGCAGCAGCGGAGGUGGCGGUGCUGCUGUAGCUCGUAGACUUUGUAGUCUACCACAGAGGUUACACUGCUGUCACCGCUCUAUCACAGAGGUUGGUCUACACUGCUGUGAGAUCGGUAGGCCCGAGCGAGCUUUGGAAAGAGAAAUGCAGAUAGAUGUUCUUAUCAACUGACUCCCUGGUCAGGCUUUGAUGGGUGCUAGAUGAGAGUGAGCACAAGGGGCGAAGGCGCGCUUGUGUCUCAUCUCAACAACAAAAC